AUGGAGACCCCUCCUGUGUUUGCUGAUGUCUCGGACACCCCCAUGUUUCGGCAACGGGCUGCUGAGCUUCAGCACUCCGUGGACACCUUGAAGGAAGGGUGCGGCAAACUCGCCAAAGAGGCAAUGAAAUAUUGCGAAGAGCUGGAGGGCUCAGCAAAAGUAAAUGAGGGCUUCAGCAGGGCGCUGGUGGCGUUUUGCUCCGCUGGGAAUGAAGAUCAGGGAGAGUUGAUAGGCCAGAACGAGUUCAGCAAGUUCAGUUUGGUCUUUAGUGAGCUUGCAGAUUUGACGAGGGCAUUGCAGGGUGAGAUGGUUGAUGCUCUGGUUGAGCCACUGAGAAAUGAGUGGGUAGGCCAACUUUGCACCGAUGUCUGUGAAGAGAAAAAGCAGCUUGACAAGAAGACAACUGCGUACGACCUUGCCAAGACAAAAUACCUUGGACUGCGAAAAGUCACGAAAAAGGAUGUUGUUAAGAGGACAGAGGAGGAGCUCAGCAGGGCGAAAGGGGAGGCUGAUGAGGCCAGGUAUUGCAUGGCGCGCAAACUGACAGAGGUUGAGCUCCGGAAAAGCCAUGAAUUCUUGGGCAUGAUGGCUACUUGCAUGGAAAGUCAACUCCAGUUCUUUGAGAAAGGAUACACCCUACUAAAGGAAAUGCAGCCCCUCAUUUGGACAAGCAAGGAGAUGGUCAACAACAGGCAAAAGAAGAUGACUGCAAGCACGGAAUUGCUGGAGAGAAGGAUAACUGCCCAUCAAGAGCAGGAACGUAACCGUGCAGAAGUGGUUGCUGAUUCUGUGGAGAUGUCUGAGCCCUCCACUGCUGGGCCACUUCAGAUGUCGGCUGACAUGAUGGGCAUGGUGACAGAGGUGGAGAUGUUUGUCCGUGCUUCUCUUGGCUCCCAAGGAAAGCAGAUCACCGCCAUAAAGCAGGGCUACUUGUCAAAGCGCUCUUCAAACAUGCGUGGUGACUGGAAGAAGAGAUUCUUUGUCCUUGACAGUAUGGGCAUUCUGUACUACUACACCAGCAAGAGUACGCUGUUAUCUUUGACUAAGCGUGAAAUGACAAAGAAAGGCGCCUGCCUGGUUACAUCCUCUGUGAAGCCGUAUGAGGAAGAGGAUCUUCGAUUCUGCUUCAGUGUGGUGUCUCCAGAGAGGUCAUUGCAUUUGCAAGCAGAAAGUGAAUUGGAAAAGCAGGAGUGGAUUGUUGCCAUUCAGAGCGUUAUUGCUUGCUACCUUCAGAACAGCCCUUUGGAUGGAAAGGCUUUCUCAGACAGUGACAUAAUGCUCCCCACGCACACUCGUGACUCAGUGGCCCCAGAAGAAAAGGCAGGCCUGGCUGCAGCAGCAAAGAGCUUUACAGAACAUGGCCCUAUGUCGCCGCAGUCCUCAGAAUUUGUGGGAUCAUUUGCUGGCGAUGGUGGCGGUGUGGGACCGGCCCAUACUUCCACAGGGCAUGACCCAAGGGCCUCUGUGUCUCUUGAUGGCGGUGAGCCACCAUUUGAAAUUUUGCGGCAUGUGCCAGGCAACAAGAUUUGUGCUGAUUGUGGAGCUGCUGACCCUGAGUGGGCAUCACUGAACCUGGGUGUACUGAUGUGCAUCGAGUGCUCUGGGAUCCAUCGACAGCUGGGGGUGCAUAUUUCCAAGGUUCGCAGCUUGAAGCUUGAUGUGAAGGUGUGGACGGAUUCGCUCAUUCAGCUUUUCCAGCAGCUGGGAAACGAGUUUGUUAACAGUGUCUGGGAAUCGAGAAACAGUGUCGACCACACAGAGUCAUGGGUUUGGUGUGAGGAUUCAGACGAUGAGGGAGAGGGGCACCACAGCUAUCCUGCUGGACCACUGCCUCUGCCUAACCCUGGCACACCUGGGGCACAAUUUUUCGAUGCGAAUGAAGGUUGCUUCAAGCCAACAAGCUCAAGCAGCAAAGAGGAGAAAAAGCGUUAUGUUGUGGAGAAAUAUGUGAAGCAGCGCUAUGUUGAAAAAAUCAAUCACCAUUCUGCAGACCACAUGUUGUGGCAAGGAGUUGCAAAGAUUGAUGUCAGGACUGCAUAUCGAGCACUGAUGGGUGGGGCCCAUGUAAAUUCCCCCAACACAACCGAUGACGGGUUCAAACUUGUGGGUGACAUGGAGCACAAAAUGGCGAAGGCAAUGAACAGGGAAUUAAUGCUUCCUGACGCUGCUUAUUCAGAACCGCUGGAAAUGGCUGCUGCUGGUGCUGGUGUUAUUCUACUUGCCUGCAAGGUCGGAUCGGUACCAAUCUUGGAGCUGUUGCUACUGAAUGGAGCAGAUCCAGAAUUUGAGGAUGCCUACAAUCGACGAGGCUUGCAUUAUUGCCUAAUGUACAACUGCAAGGACGCUGCAAGGUUGCUCCUUGAGAAAGGAGCACAGAGAGAUGCGACAGACUGCCUUGGGACAAGUCCUAUGGAUAUUGCCCACCAUCUCGGAGACGGAGAGGGUAUUGAGUUGCUGGGGAUGCAUCUGAGGGGACAGAGAGUAUAG